CCACCGCUGCCUCCUCCACGGUGUUCCUGGAGCCUUGCUUGGAAGGGUGACUCACUCUGUUUUCUGUCCCCUCCCACUGUAUCCUGUGUGUGAUUAAACGUGAUCAGCCAACCUCCUGCUCCUGUAGCCAUGCCCUGUGUCGUGGUGGGCCCAAAUGCAUCUGGGUAUCUGGUUGGCAGGAACAACGCAAACGGAGUGGACCUGAACCGCAACUUCCCCGACCUCAACACCUACUUCUACUACAACGAGAAGUAUGGCGGCCCCAACCACCACUUACCCCUCCCAGACAACUGGAAAAGUCAGGUGGAACCCGAGACCAGGGCCGUGAUCCAGUGGAUUCGCUCCCUAAACUUCGUUCUGUCGGCCAAUCUGCAUGGCGGGGCUGUGGUGGCCAAUUACCCAUAUGACAAGUCCCUGUUCCGAAGUCCUCACCGCACCUCCAAUUCCCCCACACCAGAUGACCAGCUCUUCCAGACGCUGGCCAAGGUCUACUCCUAUGCCCAUGGAUGGAUGCACCAAGGUUGGAACUGCGGUGAUUACUUCCCAGACGGCAUCACCAACGGGGCGUCCUGGUACUCUCUCAGUAAGGGAAUGCAAGACUUUAAUUAUCUCCACACCAACUGCUUUGAGAUCACACUAGAGCUGAGUUGCAACAAGUUUCCCCGCCAAGAGGAGCUGCAGCGGGAGUGGCUGGGUAACCGGGAAGCCUUAAUCCAGUUCUUGGAACAGGUUCACCAGGGCAUCAAGGGAAUGGUGCUUGAUGAGAACUCUAACAACCUCACAGGGGCUGUCAUUUCCGUCAGUGGGAUCAAUCACGAUGUCACUUCAGGUGAACAUGGGGAUUACUUCCGUCUGCUGCUUCCGGGUACUUACAUUGUCACUGCCAAGGCACCAGGGUAUGACCCCAAAACAGUGACUGUGACAGUGGGGCCUGCGGGACCAGCACUGGUCAACUUCCAACUCAAUCGAAGCACGUCUCAGGUGCACCCUGCGCAGAAAGCUCCCGGCCGAGGACAAGGAAGCAGGCCAAAGCAGCCCCGGAUAACCAGAAAGAAAGACACGGCAACAAAGCGGCAUCGAGGUCCUGCCUGAAGCCCAGCACCCAGGGCCUCACACAGCAAGGCCGGGUCCCUCCUCUCAAAUCCCAUGGCCAUGCUUCUCUUGUAUUAUCUGGGACAUAUUCAGACACAGGCACAUGCAGAACAGGUCCAAGUGUUUCUGCCUCCCCUAGGCCAGUAUUAAAGGAGUCGGAACCUUCCGGAAA